AAGUCUCACGAAGCUGCGAGAACAUGACGGACGGCUUGCACCAUCUCUCCAACUAGUUUCAGGUGUGGCGGCUUGGGAGUGUCGAUAUCAAAACAGGGUGUGUUUUGGCUAUGGAGGGCCUCACCGGCAAGACCACUAAAAAUGCGGGAAGGAUGGGGUGGACGACAAGACUGCAACCGCCGUCUUUGUGGUGGUGGUGUGGUGGACGAGAUCCGAUGAAUGGUCGGGAACCCACACCAGAGACGCGCUUCGGUCCUUGCCUGAAGAGCCAGGACUUCGAAGACGGUCGGCAUCGGGUAAGCCCCCUUGGGUACCUCAAUUUGGACAGACGCAGAGCAGAGCAGGGAGUGACUCACCGGCCCGCGACCGCCAACAAGCGCCAGAUUCAAUUACUGUGUACCAUCGAGCAUUGCUGGCAGCAACCUUCCAGGUUGUCUGCCACUUUGUCAACUUGUUGCGGAUGGCGACGGGCGGGAACGUCGGGAAACAGAAAGAACUGUCGUACAACCCUGGGCCAUUCUUCCCAAGACAGCGAGGUGCUGCCGAGACCGCAAGGGUGCAAUUUCCACACAACCCAGUUUUUACGGCAAAACACAAAUUUUUCGGUGGAAGGAGGCAUCCGGAUGGAAUCUUGGCAUUGUGUGUGGGGCUCCCGCCCAGAAUCCCCGAGGACGCCUUGUGAAAGCCAGAGGCGCCAGGUGUUGAGGGGGGUGCCAGUGUGUGCAGCACUGCCGCAGUCGUCCGCUCUUUCUCUCUGCUCGAGGGGACGCGUAUGGCAGCUGCCAGAAUUGACGGGAGUUCCAGGCCUCAGGUCCUCGGUGAGCCUUGCGGCGGCCGGGGUGCCUAGAGUAUGACUCCAAUUGCUCUCCGCGUGCCUGUGGACGCAUCUCGCUCGCCCGUUCAUGUUUCCAUCCCGGAAGGCUUGAUAUCUUGACACCCCCCCCCCUUCUGGGCCCUGUCCCCUCCCC